GAAAAAUGGGACCAAUCGAGAGCUUGAAAAAUUAUCCUCGAGAAUGCACCACUCCCAAUAUUCGGACGAAGGAAACACCAGAAAUGGAGCAGCAAGGGACUGCUCAAGUCUUGCUGACUGACAAGAAUAAGUUGACGGCAAUGCGUCCUGGUCCUAUCAGCAACAUAAACAGUAUGUCUCCUGUAACUUGUGAUGGAGUUUUAUCUGGCUCAGGAGACACGGCAUCGGCGCUGACCAAUUAUUUCCAGCAAUUACGGAGGCAGGACUCUACUAAGCAGGACCAGCCCUGUUUGAUGUCUUGUUCCAGCCAGAGUGCAGUCACUUCGUCAAUUCUAGGUGCUCAAUCCUCGAGUGGUGGACUGUUCCAAAACUCGCAGAUUGAUGGUUUCUCAAGUUCCCAGUCUUCUCAGGGCAGCAAAUACUUACAGCAGAGUAUGGCCGAGAAUUUACUGCAGGAAAUGGUGGCUAACGGCAGGGCAAAAGCAGUGCAGGAUGCAAAUGGCAAUGUUACUGCAGAUGUCCUUAGCAAGGUUAAUGACAAUGUUGUUGAUGGUUUGACUGCUAAAGCCAGGUAUACAGGUAUGUCUGGCAUUGGGCUCGGUUUUGGCAUUAGCAUAGUUGCUGCCACUGCUGCCCAGGCAAAUGUGUUGGGUUGUGUCGUGGAAAGUACUGAAAACCUUCAGGCUGCCGCUAACAGAAAUUCUUCCAGAGUAUGUGGUAGCAGCAUUUCAAUCAGGAGAGAACCAGAUCUUCCGGGGUUUCAUAUGCCCCAAGCACAGGAUUUUGGCUCAAGGUUUUUCUAAGAAUGGAGGUUUGAAAUGGUAACAGGAAGGACAUAGACUACAACUGGAAGGCGUAAAUCAGUUUUGGUUUAUCUUUUCAUAGGAUUGUCAAGAAGUUUUGUCUACACUCUACAGUUGACAGAAUCUAUAGUAGGGAAUACUUGCUAAUUUGAUUUUCAUCAGUAAUUAAAUUUUAUCAGUG